AUGCCCACAUAUGUCCAGCCGGCACCUCUGCAGCCACCCCCGGGGUCCUCUGCCUCGGCAGUAGCGGCGGCGGCGGCGGCGGCUGCCGCGGCGGCCUCGGGGACGCCCCAGUCCCUGAAGCUGACCUACCCGGAAACCCUGGACCGUAUCAAGGAGGAGUUUCAGUUCCUCCAGACCCAGUACCACAGUUUGAAAUUGGAGUGUGAGAAACUGGCAACAGAGAAGACCGAGAUCCAAAGACACUAUGUUAUGUAUUAUGAAAUGUCCUAUGGCCUUAACAUUGAAAUGCACAAACAGACGGAGAUUGCGAAGCGGUUGAACGUGAUCUGCGCUCAGCUCAUCCCCUUCCUCUCACAAGAGCAUCAGCAACAGGUGGUCCAGGCCAUGGAACGCGCCAAACAGGUGACCAUGGGGGAGCUAAAUGCUUCGAUAGGGCAGCAGCAGCUCCAGGCCCAGCACCUGUCCCAGCACGCCCAGGGUCUGCCGGUGGGCCCGCACCCGUCGGGACUGGCCCACCCGGGGCUGGCCCUCGGCGGGGGUUCGGGGCUCCUGGCCCUCUCCGGGGCCCUGGGGGCCCAGCUGGCCGCCAAGGAUGAGAGGGUCCACCUGGAGGCGAGCUCUCUGUCCAACGGGGAUAAGGGUCGCGCGGCAGACUACCUCAGCAACGGAAAGAAGAGGAAGGCUGAUGAGAAAGAGUUCAUGACAGACUAUGGCAGCGAUGCGGAUAAGAGCGAUGAUAAUUUGGUGGUGGACGAGGACCCGUCAUCCCCACGAAGUGUGCAGUCCUACUCAUCCAGGGAGAACGGUUUGGAUAAGAUGCCCCCAUCUCGAAAGGAGGGACCCCCUCAGGCCAGCCCCACCUCCCUGGCUUCAUCCAGCAGUGCCACCUCCCCCUCCCGAGGGAAAGAGCCCCCGCAGAGGGAGAAGUCCAGCACUCCGGGUAUGAAGCCAGGUACCCCCAUGUCUCAGGACUCCAACACUCCGGGACCGAGUGGGCCGCCGCAGUUCAGACCGGUCCCAGGAAAGCCCGGGGUGGACCCCAUCGCUCUGGGUCUGAGGAACCCCCUGGCGGUGCAGGGGGCGUACCCCCCGGGGGCUUUCGGCCUGCCCCCGCCGGGGGUGAACGGGGACCUGCCCGGGUCGGGGGGCUACGGCGCCGGCCUCCACCUGGUCUCCCCCCAGAUGAACGGCGCGGCGGCAGCUGCUGCCGCUGCUGCAGGCUAUGGCCGCUCCCCUGUGGCACAUGGCUGA